CGGCACUGCCCGCGGCGCGGCGAGGAGCGGCGCCCGCGCCAUGAAGGGGCUGAGCGAUUUCCUGGCCGGCCUGAGCCUGGGCGAGGACGCGGCGGCGGCGGCGGCGGCGGCGGGCACCCACGAAAGGCUAUUACCAGAUGAGAAGGAGUUUCAGUAUGCUGCUAAAAUGAACAAUUUGGAAAUCAUGGAGAACUUAGUUAAGAAGAAGGUUAAUAUUAAUGCUGUAAAUAUUAUGAAACGCACAGCACUCCACUUCGCUGUUGCAGGAAGUCAUUUUUCCACCGUGGAUUUUCUUCUCCAUCACAAAGCCAGAGUUGAUAUAGCAGAUAAGCAUGGGCUGACAGCAAUUCAUCUUGCAGCUUGGUCUGGAAACCUAGACAUAAUGAAAAUGUUGGUUAAAGCUGGUGCUGAUCAAAAGACUAAGAAUCAGGAUGGGAUGAACGUCCUGCACUUCGCAGCUCAGAACAAUAAUGUUAAAAUAGUGGAUUACUUUAUCCAGGAUCUUCGCCUGAAUGAAUUAAACAAGCCUGAUAAGAAAGGUAGAAAACCCUUUCUUCUGGCAGCUGAAAAAGGCCAUGUUGACAUGAUAAACAGUUUGAUUUCCCUUAAGCUGUUCACCUCUGAAAAGGAUCAGGAAGGGAACACUGCACUGCAUUUAGCUGCUAAAAAUGGUCACAGCGAGGUGGUGGAAAUUCUGCUGAAUCAAUGGGAAGAAAUAAAUGAACUCAAUGAGAAUGGAGAAACACCAUUUUACUUGGCUGUCAAAGGAGGUCAUGAAAACUGUGUUGAGAUGUUACUGGAAGCAGGAGGCGACAUCAACAUUUCUAAUAAACACAACAAUAAUGCUUUGCAUAUUGCAACACAGAAUGGACAUGAAUCCUUAGUCACAUUUCUUAUUGGUAAAAAUAUAGAUCUCGUCACUAAACCUGAGCAGAAAAAUUCCCCUCUCCACAUAGCUGUCAUCAACAAUCAUCUUUCUGUAGUAAAUACUCUCUUGGAUGCCAAUCAUGACAUAAACUGUUUGGAUCAGAGGCAACAAACCCCUCUACAUCUGGCAGCUGAUCUUGGCAAUGUUGAACUAGUGGAACUGUUGCUGAAGGCAGGGUGUGAUCUCAAGAUUGCAGAUAAGCAAGGAAAAACUGCACUGGCUGUGGCAUCCAGAAGCAACCAUGCCCUUAUUGUAGAUAUGGUCAUUAAAGCUGAAAGGUUUUACACCAGAAAACAGGAGCAUCUUGGAAGUACUGAGGAAUCAUCAGAUUUUCUUCUGUCCUUUAAGCAAGACCACAGCAUGCAGACCAAGCAAAUCCGUUCCUCCCUCUGGAAUCUGGCUUACAAUCAGUUAAAACCGCAGGAAUGGAAAAAGCUGGCCCUGUUCUGGCAGUUCACAGAUGAGCAAAUUAAAGCUAUUGAAGAACAGUGGACAGGAAAAAAGAGCUAUAAGGAACAUGGACACCGAAUGCUGCUUAUCUGGUUACACGGAGUGUUGCUGGCUCAUCAAAAUCCAGUCAAACAUAUAUUUGAAGAUCUGGUGAAUGCAGGAUUUCCACAUCUAGCGGAAAAGAUCAGAGCUGAAAGCAGCACUGAUAUGGAUUCCAGAAAAUGUGUAAUUUCCUGACUUCAACAGAAGAGAGCACACACCAUGGAAUUGUUUGCUAUUUGUGAAUACUGUUUCUAGAAAGAUUAUAUCUGAAAAAUGUAACUUGCCUGCUUUAAGUCUACAAAAGUUUUUUCUUCAAGCUCUCAAAACUUACCUGCCAGAAAUACUUCUCAGGUUAGUUUCUUUGUUUAAUUCCACACACUGUCAUUUUCUGACAGUUGUAAGUAUACAGUUUAUUUACUGUUUUUGGAGAGUGGUCGGUUGUUAGAAAUUAACAGGUCUGAGAAAAAACACAUAUGCUACAAUUUCUGUACCCAGCUUACAUCACAGCAGUAAUUCCACAUUGGAACUAUGCAGUUAAGCUACUCUGUGCUUGAUAAGAAAUAAAAGGCAUAUUUUGUAGCUUAAGGAAGUGAUGUUUAAUAAGUCAGGAUUGUGUGGAUAAAUAUUAAACACAUCUGUAAAUAG